CUCAUGGCAUUGCGGGGGGAAAUCCAUAGGGAACAAAAUAUCAAGGAUGUACUGCUAAUUUAUAGGCUAGUAUUAAUUUUUUCCUCCAUUUCCCCCCAAUUGCCAUUUUCCUCAAUGUAUCUUCAUAGUUUUUAUUAAUCAAAAUGAGGAUUUCCUUCAACCAUUUUUUAGUUAUAUUUUCUGGCAUUUGCGGAAUUACGAUGGGCCCUUUCCCAAGCAGCGUUCAGAUUGGCGGGCUGUUCAUCAGAAACACCGAUCAGGAAUACACUGCUUUCCGUUUAGCUAUUUUCCUGCAUAACACCAGCCCUAACGCAUCUGAGGCUCCUUUUAAUCUCGUGCCUCACGUUGACAACAUUGAGACAGCCAACAGCUUCGCCGUAACCAAUGCCUUUUGCUCACAGUAUUCACGAGGGGUAUUUGCAAUCUUCGGCCUGUACGACAAGCGUUCUGUGCACACGCUGACAUCAUUCUGUGGAGCCCUACACAUCUCCCUUAUAACCCCCAGUUUCCCCACUGAAGGAGAAAGCCAGUUUGCACUACAGCUUCGCCCAUCUAUACGAGGAGCACUUCUUAGCCUCCUAGGCCACUAUGACUGGAACCGCUUUGUCUUCCUGUAUGACACUGACCGUGGGUAUUCGAUACUUCAGUCCAUCAUGGAAAAGGCUGGACAGAAUGGUUGGCAAGUCAGUGCUAUCUGUGUGGAAAAGUUCAAUGAUGCAAGUUAUCGUCAACUUCUUGACGACCUAGACCGCCGGCAAGAGAAGCUGUAUGUCAUAGAUCUGGAAGCAGAAAGACUGACAAAUAUGCUGGAACAGAUUGUGAGUGUUGGCAAACAUGUUAAGGGCUACCAUUACAUCAUGGCCAAUUUGGGCUUUAAGGACAUCAAUCUGGAGCGCUUCAUGCACGGUGGAGCAAAUGUGACUGGCUUUCAGCUAGUGGACUUCAGCAAUCCCAUGGUGAUUAAGCUCAUGCAACGCUGGAACAAGCUUGACCAGCGGGAGUACCCAGGGUCUGACACCCCCCCGAAGUACACAUCUGCACUGACAUAUGAUGGUGUGAUGGUGAUGGCUGAAGCCUUCCGGAACCUGCGCAGACAAAAAGUGGACAUCUCUCGAAGGGGAAAUGCUGGAGAUUGUUUGGCCAAUCCUGCAGCACCAUGGAGCCAGGGCAGGGAGAUGGAACGAACCCUGAAACAGGUCAGACUACAAGGAUUAACAGGAAAUGUGCAGUUUGACAUUUAUGGCCGCAGAGUUAAUUACUCAAUGGAUGUCUUUGAACUAAAGAAUAACGGUCCAAAAAGGAUUGGUUAUUGGAAUGAUGCAGACAAGUUGGUUCUGAUCCAGGACCAAACUCUUCUUUCAAAUGACACCUCUGGUAUGAACAGGACUGUCAUUGUGACUACUAUUAUGGAGGGUCCAUAUGUUAUGCUGAAGAAGAAUUGGGAGUUGUAUGAAGGUAACGACCGGUAUGAGGGGUACUGUGUGGACUUGGCCUCUGAAAUUGCCAAACAUAUUGGCAUAAAGUACCAGAUUUCCAUAGUACCUGAUGGGAAGUAUGGUGCCAGGGAUCCAGAGACAAAGAUCUGGAAUGGAAUGGUUGGGGAGCUGGUGUAUGGGAGAGCGGAAAUUGCUGUAGCUCCAUUGACAAUUACUCUGGUUCGAGAAGAAGUAAUAGACUUCUCUAAGCCUUUCAUGAGCUUAGGUAUCUCCAUUAUGAUCAAGAAGCCCCAGAAGUCCAAGCCGGGUGUGUUCUCCUUCCUUGACCCUCUGGCCUAUGAGAUCUGGAUGUGUAUCGUGUUUGCCUACAUCGGCGUUAGUGUGGUGCUUUUCCUCGUCAGCCGCUUCAGCCCAUAUGAAUGGCACACUGAGGAGCCAGAGGAAGGCACUGACGGUCUGCCAAGUGACCAGCCCCCCAAUGAAUUUGGGAUCUUCAACAGUCUCUGGUUCUCUCUGGGUGCAUUCAUGCAGCAAGGCUGUGAUAUUUCUCCGAGAUCUCUCUCUGGGCGAAUUGUGGGUGGAGUCUGGUGGUUCUUCACCCUCAUCAUUAUAUCCUCAUACACUGCCAACCUGGCUGCUUUCCUGACAGUUGAGAGAAUGGUUUCACCCAUUGAGAGUGCUGAGGAUUUGGCUAAACAGACGGAUAUAGCCUAUGGCACAUUAGACUCAGGGUCCACAAAAGAGUUCUUCAGGAGGUCAAAAAUAGCUAUAUAUGAGAAAAUGUGGACUUAUAUGAAGUCUGCUGAGCCUACUGUGUUUACCAAGAGAACCGCAGAGGGAGUCGCACGAGUUCGCAAGUCCAAAGGGAAGUAUGCCUUCCUAUUAGAGUCUACCAUGAAUGAGUACACGGAACAGCGGAAGCCCUGUGACACAAUGAAGGUUGGAGGCAACCUGGACUCCAAAGGCUAUGGAGUGGCAACACCCAAGCGUUCACAGUUAAGAAGUGCAGUUAACCUGGCAGUUUUAAAACUGAAUGAACAAGGCCUGUUGGACAAAUUGAAAAACAAGUGGUGGUACGACAAAGGCGAGUGUGGCAGCGGUGGAGGUGGUGAGAAGGACAAGAGUUCUCAGGCCCUAAGUCUUAGUAACGUGGCGGGAGUGUUUUAUAUCCUGGUGGGGGGCCUGGGCCUGGCCAUGCUGGUGGCUCUCAUCGAAUUCUGCUACAAGUCCAGAAACGAAGCCAAGCGAAUGAAGUUGACCUUCACAGAGGCAAUGCGGAAUAAAGCCCGUCUGUCAAUAACAGGAAGUGUUGGUGAGAAUGGCCGAGUCUUGACUCCAGACUGUCCAAAGGCUGUGCACUCUGGGCCCACUGUUCGACAGACCUCUGGAUUGGCUACAGUCCCCUCUGAUAUGCCAUGAAGACUUAAACUAUUUAAGUGCCUUACCCACAUCAGUAUGCCAUCAAUAAAUAUAAACCGAACUGAAACUACCCUACAAAGCAUAGAAUUUAAAGGUAGUUAACAGUAAAAUGUACGUAGUAAAAUGUAUGUAGCAGGUGAGAAUCUGAUAGAUUUUGAAAAUAACUUCUCACAAUUAUGGUGUACCCACAUUUCAACACCCAAGAAAUGCCAAGAAAUAACCACAACUGCAAACUUGAAACACAUGCUCAACAUUUCUUGCAGUAACUGGAGAAUGAUAUGCCAUCUGUCAUUGUCAUUGUUCUGUUUUAGUUUAUCUCACAUCUGAGAACAUGCAGACUUGAAGUAGCAAGUACUCUGCGCAAGAACAAGCCACAGCUUGUAAUAUUUGGUCAUAUUACAACUGAAAUGUUACAUUGUGAAUAUUCCUUGUACUUUCACUGUGGUCCAAAUGUAAGUCUCUUUCUUUAUGUACAAUUAGCAAAAACAAAUUUAUCUAACUACAUAUAAUUUUAUAUCUGGUUUCUACUAUAAUGUGCAAUGUUGUUUCAUUGCAAAUAAGACAUAUUGUUCAUGUUUAGAAUGAGCUUUUUCUAUAAUUUUAUCAGACAUUUGAAUAUUUUUUGGAAAUGAGUAGAUCAGAUCAAGUGUUUCUUUUAUUACCAAUGCUGUUACCUUUUUAACAAAUAUAAUGUAACUUUUCUCCAUAAAAAAGUGUUUAGCACAAUAGCUUUAUUAUUGUAUGCCAAAUAGUACUCAAUCUCUUGAGGUGAUGUCAUAAUACCUGUCAUCACAAACAUAUUAUAUAAAUGUAAUAGAAUGAAGUAGAAAUAAAAUUCCAGUAUCUGGAAUAAAAAGCAACUUUUAUAAGGAUGCUGCACAUUCCUUGCUCUUUGUGAGAAAAAAAAGACAAGCCAUCAACAAUGUUGCUUCUGUGCACAAGGGGAGGGGUGUAUUUCAUUAGCUGUUCAGAUAUCAACAACAUUCUACCAAGACCUCACAUUAAACUUCUAAUUGUCACACUAACAUUUCAGUAGUAUUAUGACCAGAUUUUUUGCUUUUUUAAAAACAGCCUUUCUUUGUUCAGAGUAAUCUUUACUUCAAGUUUGCAUUGAAAUGUAGGAAGUUUGCUUUAUAGUUCACCUUUAGUAUCUGCUAUUCAAUUGAGAUGGAAUGUCCCUUGAAUGAAAGUCCAGUGGAUAUCAAUCACAACAAGAAGGUCCAACAUUAUCUGAAUGUGUCGUAAUGAAAACUAACUCAAUCUUUAGCAAAAAUAAAGAAUAUAAAUGGGCUUACAUUUGGGUUUACAGUGAGGGUCAGCUACAGAGUUGUUUGACUCAAAGUUAAAGAUUAUUUGAAUAUUUGUUGUAUAGCUAGUGAUAGUUUACCAUCAAUUAAGCAACAAUUAAAAGUGUUGCCAAAUGGAUUCAAAUGCAACAGAUUAAAAUGUGGUAGAUAGGAUAUUGGCAUUCAUAUUAAUAACAAUACAAUAAUACAAGCACUAUAACUGGCCAUACUGAAGAAAUGGUAUUCUUUGAGAACCUAAUGUUUUGUAUAUAGGGAAAGAAACAGCGAUCUAUUUCAUCUUUAAAUGUAAAUAGCUAAAAUGAAAUAAGUUGAUGUAAAAACCAUCAUUAGAAAAUACUUUCAUGCAAUAAUGGAUAUAAACUAAAUGCUUUAUUUAUUCAUAUAAGUUUACAUGUGGAAUUUAAAACCAUUAAUAAUGGGCUUUUUAGGCCUUCACCACUCGUAAUUGAGUGCUUCCAUUCUGGGCAAUAAAAUAUGUUAACGUCUUUCUUAAAAUCUUUAAAUAUGCUCAUUUGAUACCAAAUAGAUCAGAUUUUAUUUUUUAUUUAUAUUGCUUUAGUAGUUCAGAGUGUGAAAAUUAAGCAUUUAAAAUGCAAUAUGAAUGAUUUUUAAAAUGGAAUUAAAUGCAAAGAAUUUGUAUUCUAAAGAGCCAUGGUGUGUGCAAUGCAUUUGCCUUUUUGAAAAACACUGUGUUAACCUCAGCCUUUUGUGUAGACCUUCUGAAUACUAGAUCAGUAUUGUGUGUCUUUCAGAGGAAGCAAUCCAGGAAAAGUUAUUCUGAAAAGAAGACUAGAAUUCUUUGAUAAAUGGAUGGUCUCUUUUUCAGGACAACAUAGAAGCCCUUACCCACUGUAAUCCAUAUGACCUAUUUGUAUAUGAUUCCAGGCAUGAUUUUCCUUAGCCAAAUGAAGAUUUUUUUUUAAGUACAAUCAGUUUCCCCCGUCAGUCAUCCAGCGACACACACACACACACACACACCAAAAAUAUCUAACAGCAGAAUAUUCCCCGGGCUCCAAUGGAUACUACAAAAGGUUGUCCUAUUGUUUGAAAUGGUACAUAUUGUAUUUAUUUUGACCAUCUUUUUAUAAUAAAAUAAUAACUACAAACAUUG